AUGAUUACCGCCAUUCUCCUCUCUCUUCCUCUUGUUUCUCUCCUUCCCGUUGUUUCCGCCCACGGCUGGCUGGGCUCGGUUACCGUCGGCACCCAGACGUUCGUCGGUAACGUCCCAAACGCCAGUCCAACAGGAACCAUUAUUCGUCAAAUCGACGACGUCGAUCCAGUCAAAGGAGCUUCGAACACGUUUUUGAAUUGUGGACAAAACGCACAGCUCGCGUCCGAUGUAGCAGAAGCUAAUCCUGGCGAUACGGUUGCUUUUACCUGGGUUAACGGUGACGAUGGACCGUGGGUACACAAUGCUGGUCCUAUGCAAACCUACAUGACGUCCUGCGGUUCUCAAUCCUGCUCUUCCUUCGAUUCCUCCACCGCCUCCUGGUUCAAAAUACAAGAACAAGGUCGUAUAACCCCUGGUGGCGAUUGGGCCAUGUCCCUUAUGAACACGGGUGCCCCAGCGAACGUUACCAUCCCAUCUAACAUCGCUCCGGGGAACUACAUCAUCCGUCACGAGCUUAUUGCGUUGCAGAUCGCUCAAACGGCAGGUGGAGCAGAGUUUUAUCCGGCUUGUGUUCAGCUGAAGGUUGGAGGAACUGGGACGGGUACACCGAGUGAGGAUGAGCUGGUUCAACUUCCUGGCGCCUACAGUGAUACUGAUCCUGGAAUCUUGGUCGAUGUCUACUCAAACCCAGAUGCUGAUUACGUUUUCCCUGGUCCUGCUGUUGCUGCCUUCGUUUCUGGAAACACCACCGCCACGUCCUCUCCUUCCGCCGGGGCCUCGUCUGCGACCAUCUCUUCUUCCGCUGUUGCAUCCUCCUCCACCGCCUCCUCCGCCUCUUGCAAGAAACGCCGUGACGUUGUUCGUCCCCGCACUCUUAGUCGGGUCAUGAAGAAUCUUGUCCCACAGUGA